GUUUAACAUGAUUGUGUAGUGCGGGUAUCAGACUGAAUCAGUGAGCAGAUGCCUUCACCUGCCGGGAUGCUUAAUAGGUGCCGUAGAGUGAGAGCGCGCGCGUAAAGAGAUCCAGCAUGGAGUCACUCAACCGUUCUGGGUGGACGGGGCCCAUCUCAGGGGAUUGCAACUCCACCACCGGAUUGGGAUUUUCAGGAAUUUCAUCCUCAUUCGGGAAUUACACUAGCAAUGUGUCUGAUCAAAGCAUGCCGUUCCAAGGAAGCAGCACCAUGGUGACCGCCGUGAUAUCAUUUACCGUGUUUAUUGUUGGACUUACCGGCAACACGUUAGCCAUUUAUGUGGUUUUACGUUAUGCCAAGAUGAAAACCGUUACUAACAUCUACAUCUUGAACUUGGCCGUCGCUGAUGAGCUCUAUAUUUUGGGUUUACCCUUUCUUACGACUCAAAACGUACUUUCGUACUGGCCCUUCGGCUCCUUCCUGUGUCGCGUCGUCAUGACGGCAGAUUCGCUAAAUCAGUUCACAAGCAUCUUCUGUUUGACAGUCAUGAGCAUUGACCGCUAUUUAGCAGUUGUGCAUCCUAUUCGCUCCACUAAAUGGCGCAGACCAAAAGUAGCUAAAGUUGUUAGCGCUGCGGUGUGGGCAUUUUCGUUCAUUGUCGUUCUUCCUGUGGUGAUAUUCUCUGACGUCCAGGACACUUUCUACUCGUGUAACAUGAGUUGGCCCGAGCCACAAAAUGUUUGGUCCACGGCGUUUAUCCUGUACACUGCAACGCUCGGGUUUUUCGGCCCACUGCUGGUCAUCUGCAUGUGUUACCUUCUCAUUGUGGUCAAGGUGAAGUCAUCCGGCGCUCGGGCCGGAUUCACAAAGCGCAGACGUUCGGAACGGAAGGUGACGCGUAUGGUGGUGGUGAUCGUGGUGGUGUUUGUUUUCUGCUGGCUGCCAUUCUACAUCAUCAACAUCGUAAACCUGGUCUUCAUCGUUCCGGAGAACAGUGUGAUGGCGGGGGUGUAUUUUUUCUCUGUGCUCAUGUCGUACGCCAACAGCUGCGCCAAUCCGCUUCUCUACGGGUUUUUGUCCGACAACUUCAAGCAGAGUUUCAGAAAGGUCCUGUGCUUUCGGAAAGCGAAUGGCGUAGAGGACGGCGACCCCAGUGUUCCGCGGACUGAGAAAACCACAACUCACGACACCACGUUCCUGGCACCGCGGAACAAUGACUUUAAUGGACACGUACAGAGCAGCCAGGAACUGCAGUUAGAAUCUUGCAUGAGCUCAUCUGAGAAGCCACAGACCGCAAAACCACAGAUCAUUGGACAGUCCACUCUUUAAACUCACCUUCUCUCUCUCUCUCUCUCUCUCUCUCUGUCAUCUUUAUUUCUUCUACUUUUCUGUGGUCUGUUCUCUUUUUUUCAAACUGUCAUCAUUGGAUUCCUGUGGAAGGUGUGGCCUGAGCCCCAAGCCUCCUACCAGAAUGUGCCAGUGACCACGCCAUCCCGAACAGCAGAGCUCAGCCUCCACCCGGUGUCCACUGCAGUCACACCAAGUCCCAGCCAUGACCUGUGACCCUGCCGGGCCGCGAGAGCCGAUCUGAACAAUACCAGGAUACUCGGACACAAUGUGUGAAAUCCUAACAGCAAGUCAAACGAUGAAAAAACAGAGAGAAGAAGGAAAUAUAAACACAGAAUGAUGAAGACACAAGGGGAUUUAGAGAUUUAUAUUGCUGUCAUAACACACCUGCGAACCUUAUGAAAUAUCCAGAUCACAUUUCACUCAACAAAUCAGAAUGAAAAAACUGGACAUUUCUUUCAGUAAUGCACAUUUUAUCAACAUUUCAGGAGCCCAGAAGCAAAAGCAGCUGAACGCCACCUUCAAUAUUGAUCGAAAGCACUUGGCAUGUUCAUUAAAUACUUUGGCUUCAAAUCUUCUUAAUCCCGGCCUCCGGACAGUCGGCCACCACAAAGUCCAUGGAAUUGGAUGAAAAAUGACACGUUUUUUACCCAAUUAAAGGAGGUUUACCAUAUAUAUUAGGAUAUUAAAAAUAAUUUUUGAGCAUUUUACUUUUAUCAGAAGGACAGCGAAGAGUGACUUUUUAAGAAGUGGAGAUUUUUGCAUGUACUUAAAGGAUUUUGCUGUGAAAGACGGCAUAUUUGUUAAAUACCAAUGAAAUGACUAAAGUGACUUUUGUAAAAUAAUUACUAACUAAUAACCUUUAAAUUGGCAUUCAAGUGAAAUUACUGAAACUAAAAUAAGAGCCUGAUAAGAGCACUUGGUUUGCAGGGUUUUGCAUCUGAACUCUUCAUUUAUUUGUAUUAGAUUCUCAAUAUAAGACAUAUUUACAUAAACAUAUCUAUUUAGUGUUUUGAAAUACAUACAUUCUUCUUAAACUCAGCUUUUAUCAAAGAGAACAACAGCAUAUUUUAACAGUUUAAAUACUAAAUCAAUAUUUUAUGUAACAGUAGUGAGGAUAAGAAACGGUGAAGGAUGUCAAUUAAAAGCUUUAUGGUAAAAUUCACAACGGUUCUUAACAUCUGCCUCAUUUCUCUUGAAUAUGACCUGGACAUAUCUGUAAAAAAGUUCCCAGGACUGUACUGUUUACACGAUCGCCAUGAUCUCGCUCUUCUAUGUGCAACCUUCUGUGAUGUCAAGUGGAAAACAAAUGCGCAUGCAUGCACGCACAUACAUACACACAAAGAACUGAACUGCCAGAUCUUACAGGACGAUAACGGAGAUCUCAUGGAGCAUUUCAGUCUCCUAGCGUCCUAUACGUAUAAUCAAUCACAAAAUAUGCCGUGGCGUGCAUCACGUGUCAGAAUUUUAAAUGUACUUGCAAUCGAAAGACACCUAAUGUUGGACAUACGGAAAUCAACAAUCCACUUCAGAUUUGCUGGGCUGAUAAGCAUUAGCUUUUAGACAAAAAAAAUAUUAAAUUAAGUAAAUUUGUGCCUAAAACAAGCAAAAAUAAAAAUAUGCCAAAGGGGUAAGAUUUUAUUUUUUUCUUGAAUUAAGUGUUUGAGAUUUUUUUGCUUGUUUUAACUCUCCCCCCCCCAGCAUUUUAUUAAAUAGUUGCCAGCCAGCGCCAACAUUUUUCAGGAUUUUCACAAAAGUUUAAUGCCUUCCAGAAAAUGUUAUUUUUAAAAUAUAUAAACAUACAAUAUAUCAAAUGAAAGAACAGACCAUCUACUUUAAAACAAACAAACAAAAAAUUUCAUCCUACCUUCAUUUGUUCUCUUUUUAUUACCAAAUGGCUAGGUUUCUUCAAAAACACCCAAUUUUGAGCAAAAACCUGAGAUAAUUUUUUUGAAGGACGUUUGAUAGAGAUCAGAUGCAGAGCGAUCCUCAAAACUUACAUGGACAUAUAGCUGUUUGCCGGGUUUUAUAAGUUGCGGAAGAGCAUGUCAAUUAAGACGAGUUAACUCGUCAAUGGCGGGGAAAGAGGUGAACACAAAUUCAGUUAAAUUAAGUUUUUUUUGUCUAAAAACUAGAAUUAUUUUCUUUUAUUCAUCAAUAAAAAUUAAGCAUUUCAAUUAUGCAGUAAGAUUUUUUAUGUUUGUACUGAAAACAAGACAAAAAUACUAAGUAAGAAAGUCAUUUUCAUCUAUGAUCUUAUAAUAAUACUAGCUUUGUUUUGUGUCAUUUAUACUUUAAUUUUGAAUGUACAGUAGUAUGGCAAGAAGCUUCUUUGUUGCGUCGCCUGCAAUAGCAAACAGUAGCACUGCAGUUUUUCCUCUGCGGUCAGAUGUUCAAGAUGUCCACAUUUGACUUUGAAUGGAGUUGUCUUAAAAAAGAGAAAUUUUGACCUAUGACAUACUGGUGUUGCUUUAUUCUUCUGUGAAUACUCAGCUCUUCUUACUUGGGGACUUUCAUGUUAAACAAGAUUGUGGAACUAUGACAUUGCUUCUGAAUGGUCUGAGAUUUCUGCAUGGUAUUGAGAAUCUUGAAAUUCUUGCCAGUGUGGUAAGGGUUUUCGUGUAUAAGGGUCAAGAAUCCAUUUUCUUUUCUGUAUUGAUGUGCCAAAUGUAGCAAAGUGCCUUUUCAUGUCUUGGAUGACGACACUAUCAGCACACAAGUCUGACCUAGAAUUGUGCGUCUUUGCUUGCAUUUGUUUUUUAGUUACUGUCUGGAACUUGUUGCGUAAGUGUGCUUCGUUGUUAAAUGUUAAUGAUUACUUGUAUGCAAUAUAUAUAUAUAUAUAUAUAUAACAUUCUUUUUAAAUAUAUUAUUACACUAAAUAUAUAAAAAACUUUGUGCUUUAUAAGAAUUUUGACACUGUCUUGAAAUUUUUGUUAUCACCACCAAUUUUAACCACAUCACCACAUUUCUAAGCUCACAUUUGUAUUGAGAUUUGAUGUGCAAAAUGUCUUAAGACAAAAGAGGUUUGCGUUGAAUAUAUUAAGCACACAAACUUGGUUGACAUCUCUGAUUGGCUGCUUUUAGAACAGCUUUAAUAUCUUAUAGUUUGGUGACCCUGCUUGUGUGAGAACUACAGUGUUUGUUUGUUCUAUGUGUGUAUUUAUAAAAGCUAUUGAGAAUGUGCAUCCUGUUUUUAAUACUAAUUGUGCCUCAAAAAUAUACUUUAAUGACACUUGUAUUUCAGCAGUCUCAUCAUGUUGUUCAGAAAGCUUUACAAACCACAGAAAAGUCUUGAUUUUUUAUUAAUCAUUAUCCAAAAGAUGAAUUUGAUUCUAGAACAGAUGCUUAAAAAACGUGUCAUGUUUUUGCACAGUUAUAAUGAAUAUUAUUUUGUUUACUCACUGUUUAUCAUAUCUAGAUCAUUUUUAGGGAAACAGUGCCAUUUGUGCUUGAGCUUUAAAGAGUUUUUAUUUCAUUUGAUUAAUUUCCGAAUGUUUUUUCCCACUUUAUGACCAAAAUUACCUUGACUGCAACUGUAACACAUUAUAAAAUAAAUUGAUGAGAUCUAUAUAGUUCACAAACUGCAACAUUUUUUUUGAAAACGAGCCUUUUUAUAUAUAUGUAUAUUGCACAAAAUAAAGUUUUAGGGAGUAUGUGUAAAGAACAGACCCUCAUGAGAAGCGUACAGAUAUAGCUGCUGUCAUACAUGUCACCAGUGAAAUCAAGUGCCAGAACUUGUGAAAAUUGCAAAUGAAAAUCAAAUAUUUGACUUGUAUAUAAACAACGCUGUUAUCUGAAUAAAAUAUGUAUUCAUUAGCCAUCUGAUUUCAA